CACACCAGCCCUCCAGGGAUGAGAUUUAUCCACUCUUGCUUGAAGACUGAAGAGACUCAGUCCCCAUAAAAAGCUCUCUCUGUGGUUGGGAUGAGCGUAACCUCUGGCUGUCCUGCUGUCUCGCCCUAGGAUGAUGGAGGAAGCGACAGAUUCACGGCCCUGCGCUACCAAAGCCCCCCGUAGUCUGCUGGAGUGGAGAAAGAGGGUGAAGUCGGAGUACAUGAGACUCAAACAGCUCAAACGCUUCCGCAAGGCCGAGGAGGUGAAGGCUCUUUUCAUGUCUAACCGGCGCAAGAUCGAAGGACGGACGGAUCUGCUCAACGAGGAGUGGUCCAAACUUCGAAUCCAGUCUAUCCCCCUCUCCACGUCCGGAGGCUCACUUCCCAACAAGAAGCUGUGCAUGGUGGAGUUUGGUUCUCCGUCCUUCCAGAACCAGGCAGUUGCUAUGCGACCCCUGACAACCGUUGCCGGGAUACCAUUCAUGUACUCUUGGUCCCCCUUGCAGCAGAACUUCAUGGUGGAGGACGAGACUUUCCUCCAUAACAUUCCUUAUAUGGGCGAUGAGGUGUUAGAGCAGGAUGAGGCAUUCCUUGAGGAGCUGAUUGAUAACUAUGACGGCGUUCAUGGAGACAGAGAGGGAGGCUUCAUCAGUGAUGAGAUCUUUAAGGAGCUGGUGGAAGCACUGAGCCAGUACUCUGAUCAAGAGGAAGGAGAAGAAGAGGAGGAAGAUGAGGUCUCGGUGGAGGAGGAAAAGAAAGAGGAGGAGAGAGGCAUGAGGAAGAAUACAGAAGAAGGCUCGGCAGAGUCUAAAGCCCGGCCAAUAGCCUUCUACACCAGGAAGAGGAAAAGCAUAACAGAAGGGAGAGAACUGACCUCCAGCAAGAAGAUACCUCAUGACAAGAUCUUUACAGCCAUUGCGUCCAUGUUCCCAUAUAAGGGCACUAUGGAGGAGCUUAAGGAAAAAUAUAAGGACCUCCUGGAGCCCCCUGGUCGGGUGAAGCUGCCCCCUCUCUGCACACCCAACAUGGAUGGACCCUUUGCCAAAUCCGUCCAACGGGAGCAAAGCCUCCAUUCUUUCCACACUCUUUUCUGCAGACGCUGUUUCAAGUAUGACUGCUUCCUCCACCCAUUCCACUCCAGUCCGAAUGUGUAUAAGAGGAAAAGCAAGGAGAUCCGUAUGGAGACAGAACCCUGUGGACUGGACUGCUUUCUUCUGCAGAAAGGGGCUAAAGAGUUUGCAGAGCAGAACAUGUUGAGGUCACAAAGGACUCGUCGCCGACGGCGACAGCCCCGCCCAUCCAGCUCCAGUGGCCCCACCACAUCGGGUUCAGCUGAAGAGGAGAAAGAUGGAGACAGUGACCAUGAGACUACCAGUUCAUCAGAGGGAAAUUCUCGCUGUCAGACACCCACCAAGCUGCGUCUGGGAGAAGACGGAGGGGAGGAAGGUGACGCUCCUCUCCAGUGGAGUGGAGCGGACGAGUCUUUGUUUAGAGUGUUACACGGAACAUAUUUCAACAACUUCUGCUCUAUAGCCAGACUGAUAGGCACCAAGACAUGCAAACAGGUGUAUGAGUUUGCUCUGAAGGAGGUGUUGAUUCAUCGUGUUCCACUGGAGGAUGGAGCAAUCUCACCUCAGAAGAAGAAAAGAAAACACAGGUUAUGGGCAAAGAUCCAGCUAAAAAAAGAUAAUUCAUCCAAUCAGGUGUACAACUACCAACCAUGUGACCACCCUGAGCACCCAUGUGACAGCUCCUGUCCCUGUGUAAUGACCCAAAACUUCUGUGAGAAAUUCUGUCAGUGUGACAAUGAGUGUCAGAACCGGUUCCCAGGCUGCAGGUGUAAGACGCAGUGCAACACAAAGCAGUGUCCGUGUUACCUGGCUGUUCGGGAGUGCGACCCUGACCUGUGCAUGACCUGCGGCGCCUCAGACCACUGGGACAGCAAGCAGGUGACCUGCAAGAACUGCAGCAUCCAAAGAGGACUCAAGAAGCACCUGCUCCUAGCACCUUCUGACGUGGCAGGUUGGGGCACCUUCAUCAAAGAGCCCGUUCAGAAGAACGAGUUCAUCUCAGAGUACUGUGGAGAGCUCAUUUCCCAAGAUGAGGCAGACAGACGAGGAAGAAUCUAUGACAAGUAUAUGUCCAGCUUCCUGUUUAAUCUGAACAAUGAUUUUGUCGUGGACGCCACGCGAAAAGGGAACAAAAUCCGUUUUGCUAACCACUCAGUCAACCCGAACUGUUACGCCAAGGUUGUCAUGGUGAACGGCGAUCACCGCAUCGGAAUCUUCGCCAAGCGAGCCAUCCAGCAGGGGGAGGAACUUUUCUUUGACUACAGGUACAGCCAAGCCGACGCCCUGAAGUAUGUGGGGAUCGAGAGAGAGAUCGAUGUUGUUUAACCGUGGUUACUGCACUCCCAACGCCAAUCCCUCACCUUCCAUCUGGUAACACAAUCGUUCUCACUCAAAACGCUUUGCAUUUCAUUGAAGGUGAUGGUUCUAAAGGGUGAAGUGAAGCUGCUUAUGACAUCACAAAGCUACCUGCUGACAUCACACAGCUCUGAAAUGACAUCACAGACCCCCUCUGUUCUCUACUCAUACUUUGCAUCUGAACAGUCUGUGAGAGCAUUCUUCCCACUGCUAAUGUAAAAUAGAAGCAACAUGGUAGGAACAUGUAAAAGGUCCUGCCAGCAUACUUAUAUUUACAGUUGUCAUUUUAUUUGAGUGCAUGGCAUAUCUAUGAGAAGUGGUGUAUUUCAGUGUCGACAAAGAGGCUAAACUAGUUGCCAAACAUAUUAGCGGUAGGGAGAAUGCUAUUACUGGAUGAAUACACACAUCUAUGAAAUUAAUCGUCUUGACUUACAUUUUUUUCUGUCACAGUCUUGUAGAUUCUGUGUACGAACUUAUGAUCCUGAAACUGUUACAGUACCUGCUUCUCAAUAUACUCUCUAUAUAGCUGCAUACUAAAAAACCUUGUGCAUACCUGUUUGUUGUUGUACUUUGGUAGAAGUCACCACGUGUUAAAAACACAUGGUACUAUUUCAUACAGUUGCACAUGUACCAGUAGUGAGUAGUUAAUUUUUUGCACUCAACAUUUCACUGUUGAGCAAACUUUACUGUUAGCAGUUCUCCAAAAUUCCUCAGUGUAGCUUCUUGGUGUAGCUUCUUGAUGUUACCCCAUUUCAGUGAAUUUUACAAAGGUCUGUAGUUUUUAAAUCUUUUCCACCUGGACUUACUGACUUGGCAAUUUUCACUUUACCCACAAAAGUCAAUGUUAUUUUUUAAUGCUGUAAUGUAGGUUAUACUGGCUAAGCUAAUCUAGCUAAAGCUAUAAUCAGGCCUGCUCUUUAUAGCGACAGUGCUUAGCUAAGUCAAGUCAAUGUAGCUAGCUAAUGUUGUUGUUGAUUAAUACUCAAGCUAACAUUGCACUAUCGCAGUUAUCCUUGUCUCUUCUUAAAUAGGUAAAAUUGUCAAUAUUCAGGAAAAACUAAAACUAAAACAAAACAAAACGAAAAAACAAGCAAACGAAAAAUGUAACAAAAGCAGAAACCAUACAAAUAACCGACAGACUGAAUGUGAAAUUAAUGCUUACCUUUUGCUUUAUGGGGGAAGGGCAAAGACUAACUUGAGGGCUAACACACAAUUAAGUUUGCCUUGUAUGGUACCUAGUGGGCUCCAUUGUAAAAAAAA